AUGGCGUUCACUAGCUUCGCUGGCAGAAGCUAUGAUAUUGUCUCCGAUGAAGUCAAACAAUCCGACAGUUUUGAUGAAAUCCCCAUGAUCGAUCUUACACUACCACAGGAACAAGUGGUUGAAAGUCUACGAGAUGCAUGCACUCGCGUCGGGUUCUUCUACAUCUCUAAUCACGGCAUACCGCAAGAAAUCAUUAAUCAAGUGUUCUCCACGGCUGAAGAGUUCUUUGGUUUAGACGACAAACUCAAACAACAAGCACACUUCAACAAUGGGACAGCUUUAUGCGGAUAUGAAGGCUUCCAAAACGUUCAUACAGACGACACGAAAAAGCCGGAUCUGAACGAAGCCUUCAGUUGGCGUUAUGCACCGGAUAUGGACUCCUUUAACGAAAACAUGACCACAACAACUACUGCAGCGGAAGAAGAGACGGCCAACAGUUUCCUGACAAGUGGUCAAAAUCUUUGGCCCAAUGUGAAACCGGAAAUGCGGCGUGAUAUAAGCCAAUAUUAUGCCCAUGUGAUGAAGCUGGCGAGAAAAUUGAUUCGCUUGUUCGCUCUAGUGCUGGAAUUGCCAGAGACAUAUUUUGAUGAGAUGAUGCAACAUCCCGGCUCAAUGGGCAAGAUCUUGCAUUAUCCACCGCAGCCAGCAAAAGGCCCCGAUCCCCCCUUUGGAAUAGGCGCGCACACUGAUAUUGAAUGCUUUACAAUUCUAUGCCAGGGAGGUGAUGUCCCGGCUUUGCAGGUUCUCAACCCGAAAGGUGAAUGGAUUUUAGCACCUCCCAUACGAGGUACCUUUGUUGUGAAUAUCGGCGAUAUGUUAGCACGGUGGUCCAAUGACAUGUUCCGCAGCACCAUUCAUCGUGUUUUGAAUAUCACUGGGCGAGAACGCUACUCAAUGCCUGUAUUCAUGGGACCCAGUUAUAAUACUGUCAUCAAGCCUCUGGAGACUUGUCUUGCCGAUGGUGCCAAAUAUGAUCCUAUUCCAGCAGGCCUUUAUGUUUGGAAACGGCUUGCUAUCAGCCGACUUGAUAAGGAUGAGUACGAGAGGCAACGCGUAACGAUGGAAAGCCAGCUGACAGCGCCAAUAAGUGUAUGA